UUGUUAUCCAGCAGUGACUAUAAAAUGAAUUCAGCGUUAGUUCUGGUUUUGGCGUUGUUCGCAGGUGUGUGCUAUGGAGCCUACAACACGCCAGAUGGCCGUAUUGUGGGGGGUGAACCCACAACCAUUGAACGCUACCCACAUAUAGUUCAGAUUGAAUUUUUGGGUGUGUUUACCAACGCCUGGGGCCAGAGCUGCGCUGCCAGCAUCCUAACCUCGAGAUACCUGGUGUCUGCUGCCCAUUGCUUCGAGGGAAUAUUCUAUGAUGUUUCGCGUCGUCGCAUCAGGGCUGGGACCACUCAUCGCAACACUGGCGGUCAAGUGAUCAACGUCCUCCGCGAAAUCAACCAUCCUUCCUACGGAGUUGCAAGCACAUACGAUGGUGAUAUCAACCUGGUGCAGUUAGUCAGUGCUCUGUCUUUCAACCCGGUGGUACAGCCUGGUAGCAUCAUCUCUCAGGGCUUCGUUUUCCCCGAUAACACUCCCGUAGUCCACGCCGGUUGGGGUGCCGUUUCUCAAGGAGGAUCUGCGUCUCCCGUUCUUCUUGACGUGACGCUUUACACGAUUAACCAACAGCUGUGCACUGAGCGUUAUGCCAACCUGACUCCACGGCCUCAAGUGGUUACGGAGAACAUGAUCUGCGCGGGUAUCCUCGAUGUGGGCGGUAAGGACGCCUGCCAGGGUGACUCCGGCGGCCCGCUGUACUACUUCAACAAUGACCAGACCAUCCUGGUGGGAGUGGUGUCCUGGGGCCAUGGCUGCGCCAACGAGACUUAUCCUGGAAUCAGCACGGCCGUCUCCUCUUACACUAACUGGAUCGUCGCUAACGCUGUUUAAGCAGUUAAUUUUCUGUAGAAUAUUACAUUAAAUUGCUGGAAAAUUA